CCAAAGUCUUGUACAUAUACAAGUGCCGAAAGCUUUCUUAAGCUUUCUUGUUCUGGUUUGAUGUACAGCAUCACUUGUGUAAUUAUUCUGAUUAUUCGAUGUACAGCAUCACUUGUGUAUUUAUUCUGAUUCUUGUAUAAUUAUUCUGAUUUCGCAGUCUACCACAGAAGUCUGCACUCCUUUCGGUUUUUUUUCUAUAACCUAACCGGAUAAAAGGAAUAACCGGAUAAAGCGAUAGCAAAAGUACGCCUGUUUUUGGAGGACAAGCCAGCACAAAGUCGGGUUGAGCGGUACGGCACAAUAGCUUUCUGUUGUGCCUUAACACCGUUUUCUGCACCCCUUUUGGAAGAAUUCCCGUACAUUCCUCAAACUCAGUCCGAAUACGAUGGGAUCGAUCACCGGCAGCAGUGACGCCAUAAUCUGCGCGGCGCGCUCAAACCCCGUAUACUUAUGGUAAUCCUCCGGCUGGACCAGGUACAUCAGGGUCGAAUACACACUGGCCGGGGCGGACGCCACGACGAUCCCCAACGUCAACAAGGUCAACAAUAAAAACGGAUGCGACGCGGCUUGUCCCUCCGGUGUAUUCUCCCGAUUCUUAAUAGCUUUCCAACGUUUGUAAUACAGAAACGGGUACGCCACGAUGAUGACGACAAUCAAGAGGUCAUCCGCCAGCACCUCCACAAUCAGCUCGUACUCGAAGAGCGGCAGCUGGUCCGAGGCCAACCCGCACCCGUACACCUGCUCCGGCAAUCGAUAAUACAGCAGAUCGAUGAUGAUCAACGGGAGAAUCAGAAUGUGAAUAUAUAAAACCGUUCCCAGGCAAACUAGAACAGCGACCCGCUCGUUGUGGACGUUGCGGUAGUGGACGGGGAACUGGAUGGCCCAGAUGCGGUUGAUGGUGAUAAGGACGUGCAUGUGCAGACGGACCACCGCGAAGACAUACACGAGGUACAGGUAGAACGUGCAGACGGAGGAGGAGAAGGAUUGCUCCGAGUAGACGAUGCGGAGCACGUCGAUGGGGUACUCGGUGCUGACGUAUACCAGGUUGGCGGUGAAGAGCGCGGCGACGUACACCGUGAAGGCGUUGCGCAGGUCGCGGAGGAUGAGGAUGGGGAUGAGCAUGGUGAGGUUGAGGAUGAACUGGAUGACGCCCAGGGAGAUGCGAACACCGGCUUGGUAGCUCCAGCCGUCCGGAUGGGAAACAUUGGUCCAAUUCGCUUCGGUUAAAUUUUCCAUGAUACGGUUAUUAAGUUAAGUACUCCUCCGAUCGAGGUUCGUCUUCUUAAAGAACGUUAGUAAAGUGUUCAAAAACGUUGCGUACAUUGUGUAAAAAAUUACGGUCUCCCGGAUGCUUAGCUUGAUUGAGUGCUACCGGAAGUUAUAGAAGGGAGAGUAAAGGGAAACCUUUUCUCUCGGUAGAGCGGUCUGAUAGAGCGCGUUAGGUGUGUGCACGGCUGCGCGUUAUCUUGUUUGCCAGCGUACGCAUUAUUUGUCCAGAUUCUGCGGUGCUUAUUGUCCGCUGUAGGUAUCGGUUUACAGGAUAAACAUGGGAUAUACCGCAAUGUACGCAAUUAUCAGACCAUUCUCCUUAACUAUCGCUAUGCUCUCCAGUUUUGAUUGACGCAUUUUUACCUCCGUACAUUGUGAAUUAGAAUAACAAGUGUUUUGUGCGAGAUAUCUGCGGAUGUUGCGUUGAUAUAAACAGGUUUAUAGACCGUACGGUGCGGCUGUUCUCGUUCGCUUUAUCGCCAUCUGAACUAAGCAUACCUAAAAAAUGUGCUUUUUUCUUUUCGAAAAUGUCGCCGCUGGAUUGUGAGAGCCAGAAAAAGCUAUAAAUAUAUUUAAAAGCAAAAGCCGACCUUAAUAUCGUACAAAAAAUAUUAAUAGCGCACAGCAAAAUACUAAUACUUUUGUGCUGUACAGAGCUCAGCUGAUCGAUGCAUACUUAGUGACUGCCCUACGGCGGUAGUUAAUUCUGUUAAACUGAUUCAAAAGUAUGUGGUCGCCUUGAAUAUCUGUACACCCAGGUUUUCUACACCAUGAUACUUAAGCGCCCUAUACCAAUUUUCGGUUAACAAUCGAUUAACAAUUUUCAAUUUAGCGAUCGAUUAACAGAUAUUAAACGCUAGGUAAUGCCUUUCAUUUAUUAAUCUUUUGAGUGCAGCAAAUACGUCAGCGACUCAUCAGUGGCAAAAUGAAAUGCACAAGCAAAACAUACCGCUAACACCACACCAUAAUUGUUAACCUUCCAUUAGCAACUUAUUUGAUAAAGUUUGAAAGGUUAAAUUUCAUGUAAUAUGUAUGUUUUUACUAAACAUUCGAUUAUGCAUUGAAGCGUAAUGAAUAGCCUGACAGCUGAAAACCAUUGAGCAUUAAUGCUGACGAGAAUAACUAGCCGCACCAACAAAACGGAAAGAAAUUUUUUAUAUAUUUCCGGCCUGUGCAGCUGUCCUACUUAAUGUCUUGUUCGUUGUCGUUUUACUUAACAUCUUCAGCGCAAAUUCAUCCGUUAACAAAGAACAAACCAACCCAUAUAAUUGCGGCCAGCGGAAGUGGUGUUUUUGCCUGGGUAGACGCAAGGGCUGAAUAUAUACCGUGAUUGUCCGCCGGGCACACAUCGUGCUUGGGAAACAGCCGGCUGCUGUUGUGACAUACGAGGUAUUGUAGGUAUCUGUACAUGUACGUGUGUGCAUCCUUGACAUUUCCUCUGCCAGUGAAAACGAUGGGCAGCGGCGCCGACAAACAGCAGCCGUUGUCUCUUACCGGCACAACAGCCGGAUGAGAAGGGGCUUUGUGCUCAUGUAAUCCCACCGUUGGCUAAUUGUUUUCCGCUCUUUUCUCCUCGUUUCUCGGCUGACAAACAUAAGGACGUGCGCGCGCACCUUCCCAGACGAGAAAGAUUCAUCGCGCUGACGUUGGUGGUGGGAGAUUUUCCAGGGAGGAUUGUACGGGGCUUAGUAUUUUACCGUGUGGUUGAAUGCGCUGUUAGCCAGUUGGAUUAAUUUUUAAGUUGAUUAUAUUGUACGAAAAUAUUUUCUUUAACGGAUAUUUAAGCCGGGUUGACAGCUGCUCUGCACUACGAUUCCUUUUGUCUUAAAGGUGGAGAUUGCUGAUUUCUGGGUGAGAGCGGGGGAAAAUGGCAUCGACUCCGUAUAUCCUGGUGACCUUUGUGCUGUGUGUCGCCAGUGCCGUGACUCAGGGCGCUGCGAUUUUCCAAGCUGAUCACGAUAUUGUUAAGACGGUACAGAAACGCAGCUUCCUCGGCGAUAUUCCGCCAUGGAUGAAGCUGUCCUUAAACAUGCGUGCCGAUGUCCCGGAUGCGCCGGAAGCCGAUGCUGUCCCGGUUAUCAGUGUAUCCAACGAUGAAGCACCCGCUCAACCGCAACCCCCCGCUGCGCUGACACCCUACAUCCGUCCGCGUAACCAGUGCUUUUUCCACACCGUCUCCUGCUUCGGUCGGCGUCCCUCGCGGCUCUUUCCCACGGCCACGCCCAGCUCGCUGCGCCUCCUCGUCAACAGCGGACGGCGCUGAAGGAAUCAAUAAUUAAAAGAACCCUGCACUUUUAUUUUGCUUAGCUUUAUUCACCGCUUCCCGUAAUAAAAUUUCUCAUGGCGAAUACUGUGCACUUUUAACAAGGUUGUGGCAUAAUUGUAAAAACUGCUUUUCAGGCACCCGGUUAUUAUAAAAAUAGGAGAACACUACAGAAAGUCAUUAAACUUGUCGGUUCGGCAGUUUUUCCAACCAGGACGUUAACAUUCCACCGCGGCCCUGCAAAACAUUAAGUCAUAUGACCUUACCGGGCAAGAGUAACUGGUUAAUAAUACUGAUUUUGGUUGCUUUUUUUAAUUCUUAAUUGUGCAAUGCUGGCCGUAGUUAACUGACUUACGACUGUAAUGUCGCGAUUUGAA